GCCUCCCUCCACGACACCCCUUGACCUUGAGCAUCAGCUGCUAUCAGAUUAUCCUUUUAGGAGAAGCUAGAGACAUGGGAGGAAAGAAAGAGGAAGGCUAUGAAUUUUCUUGAAAGAGACCAGAUUCUUAAAAGUGUUAAACAAAAGAAGAUCAAUUCCUUUUUUUUUUUUUUUUUUUCGGAGCUGGGAACCGAACCCAGGGCCUUGCGCUUGCUAGGCAAGCGCUCUACCACUGAGCUAAAUCCCCAACCCCGAUCGAUUCCUUUUUAAAAAGCUUUCGUGUAUAUGUAUUUGUUCAUGUGUGUGCCACAGGUCCAUGGUGCAUCCCACAGUGUACACGUGGAGGUCAAAGGUCAACUUCAGGAGUCAGUCUUCACCUUACACCUUGUUUGUCACAAGAGUGUCUUAUUGCCCCCGCACAUGCCAGGCUAUCUAGCUCAAGACCUUCUGGGGGAUCUGCUUGUCUUUUCUCUCAGCUUUCCACAAAACCAAUAGCAUUACAUACCCAGGCUGUCUAGCUUUCACAUGGAUGUCAGAGAUCGGAACUGAGACCUCACCAUUGCACAGGCAAGCAAACACUCUCCUCACUGAGCCAUCACCCCAGACAAAUAAAAAGACUUUCAGUUUAUAAAUGUAAGUUCCCAUUACCCUCUCUUCCUUCACACCCAUACUUAAAAGUGGUAGGGCAAGGGUAGUGUUCAAGAACAAAAUUAGCUCAGUUGGGGAUGGGGAGAUGGUUUAGUCAAUAAAGUGCUUGCUGUGUAAAGCACAAAGACCUGAGUUCAAAGUCAGGUGAAUUGGUGAAAGCAUGUUAUUCUAGUACUGGGGAGGCAGUGGGCAGAGACCAAAACUGGCCUCCUCAUGUGCACACACACGCACGCACGCACACAGGCACACAAAGGCACACACGUACACACGCACUCAAGCACGCGCGCACGCGCACACACGUACGCAUGCACGCGCGCACGCGCACACACACACUCGCAGGCACGCACAUGCGCGCACACGCACACACGCACUCGAGCAGCUCUGGAGAGAUAAAUAAGUUAUAGAUUAUAAAGAGAAGCCAUUUUUCCUGGGCUGGUGAGAGCCAUACCCUCUUACCCUGAAUAGCUUAUGUGGCGCUGCCAAGUAGCCUCACUCAAAAAGAACUCCUCUCACUCCGUAAUGUGACAAGUAUAAGAUAGGUUAUUGCACUGCGAACAUCAGUGAGGUAUCAUCCUUCUGCUACCUAAAAAGCUAGCUAGACUGGUGAGAAGAUGGUUACAACCAAGCCAGAAGGGUUCCCAUCAGAAAUCUACUAGGUACCCUGACAGCAGCAGUCACUCUAGAGAAGGUGAAGCACCCAGGAAGCCUUCUCCCAUAGGGGCUUCAGAGUUGAAUUCUACUCUUAAACUCACUUAGAAAUUGCUGUUAUUGUGGGGGAGAAGAAGGAAGAAGAGGAAGAGGAAAAGGAAGAAAAAGAGAUCAAGAAAAGUAAGGGGCUAUCAAGCAGGGGAAGAACAUAAGUGUCCUGGAUAGUUUUAUAUCAACGCGACACAUACUAGAGUCGUCUAAAAGGGGGAAACCUCGACUGGGAAACUGCCUCCAGAAGAUCCAUCACCAGGGCAUGUUUUUAAAGUCGUGAUGAUGGGGGAUGGCCCAGCCCACUGUGGGCGGGGCUCACGGGGAACAAGCCACUAAGCAGCAUCCCUCCAGGGCCUCUGCAUCAGCUCCCGCCUCCAGCUUCCUGCCCUGAUUGAGUUCCUGUCCUGACUCCUUCGAUGAUGAACAAUGAUGUGGAAGUUGGCCGCGGCUGUCAGCUGCCCAGAAGCCUGGGCGAGUGAGGACCUACAAAGUUUGUCCGCUCCGGGGCGCCAUACCAGCUCGGUUCCCGGCCGGCCGGGCUGGUCCGGGCUUAGCCCAGGAGACCCCGAUGGCCGCAGUGUUCCUGGUUACGCUCUACGAAUACUCGCCGCUCUUCUACAUCGCGGUGGUCUUCACCUGCUUCAUCGUCACCACCGGCCUGGUAUUAGGAUGGUUUGGCUGGGACGUUCCAGUAAUUCUGAGAAACUCAGAAGAAACCCAGUUCAGCACAAGAGCUUUCAAGAAACAAAUGAGACAAGUGAAGAAUCCGUUCGGCUUAGAGAUCACUAACUCAUCCGCAGCUUCCCUAGCAACAGGUGUAACCUUGACGACAGACUGCCUGGAAGACAGUCGUCUUACGUGCUACUGGGGGUGCAGUGUUCAAAAGCUCUAUGAAGCUCUUCAGAAGCACGUUUACUGCUUCAGGAUAAGCACUCCGCAAGCCUUGGAAGAGGCGCUGUACAGUGACUAUCUCCACCGAGAACAGUAUUUUAUUAAAAAGCACAGCAAAGAAGAAAUAUAUUGCCAAUUACCAAGCAGUACUGGGGUUGAAGACUUUGGUCCAGUGCCCAGAUCUCGCUAUCCAUUGGUAGCUCUGUUGACCCUCGCUGAUGAGGAUGACAGGGAAAUUUAUGACAUUAUUUCCAUGGUGUCUGUCAUUCAUAUUCCUGAUAAGACUUACAAACUUCCCUGCAGAAUAUUGUAUCAAUAUUUAAUCCUGGCUCAAGGUCAAUUUUAUGAUCUUAAGCAACUUUUCAUGUCUGCAAAUAAUAGUGCUACUCCCUCCAGAGACCAGUCUCCCGCAGACGGGAGUGUGGAGCACAGCUUGUUGGAGAAGGCGGGGCUGGCUGGGGCUGAAGUGGACCCGGUGGAGGAGAGCAGCAAAGACUGUGUGGUGUGCCAGAACGGGGGUGUGAACUGGGUGCUCCUGCCUUGCCGGCACGCCUGCCUGUGCGACAGCUGUGUGUGCUACUUCAAGCAGUGUCCCAUGUGCCGCCAGUUUGUGCAGGAAUCCUUUGCACUGUGUGGUCAGAAAGAGGCAGACAAGGACAUACUAGAAACUUCCUGAAGAAUCACAGCCGGAGAGUGUACUUUCUACACAAGGGCAGAACCUCGUGUCCUUAGAGUCAAUCCUAACAGAGUCUGCAGUCUUACCUGUCGGAGAGAGCUCUGUGUGCACUUCAUACUUGUACAGUACAUGGAUGACGGGAAUAAAGUCUUCCUGCUCAGUGUGGAA